AUGACAAAGAAGAAACAGAAUGGUGCUGGUCAGCCGAGUUGGGCCAAGUUCAUUCUACUUUCGAUAGCAGCUGCUUUGAUAUUGGGAUACCUGUUUCUUCAUCAACGAUUGUGGACUAUGCACCUGAGAACCCGUCUUCUUGUGGAAACGGAUUUGCAGCAGCAGCAGCAGCAGCAGCAACAGCAACAGCAACAACAACAACAACAGCAACAGCAACAGCAACAACAACAAGACCACUCUCAACUACUGAAGCAGUCACAAAAUCGACAACCGCCGCGAGUUUCGGCGGCAACCGACAAAACCGUGGUUCCAAGAAAAUACCAAGAAAACGAUGACAAUUCAUCAGAACAGAAGCCCUGUGACAUUGAAAAUCGGCAGCAAAUGGCAUCUGACACCAUGAUCAAGCAAGAGAAACUGCCCAAACAAAUCGAAUGGCUACCUCCCUGUAAUACCGCUACAGAUACAGGAGCUUCGUCCACCAACUCCACCUCGCCUUCCACCACCAUCACUACUAGUACUAGUACUAGUACCCCACCACUUCCCUUUUGGAUGGAAUGUGAUCCUGGACCAAAGUCGAUUGACGUCAUUUUGACAGUGUACAAACGAUCCAAUUUGCGAUUGCAAUUGGAAAUGUUGGUCAAUCAAACCUUGCAGCCUCAAAAUAUCUUUGUCUAUCAAAGCGAACACUAUGUAAAAGUGGAACCCAUUGUGCAAGCCUUUCAAUCCGAAUACAAGGCAGACUACAAGAUGCCACCAAUUCAUGUACUGCAGGCACCAGUGGAUGUAGCAGGGUAUCAUGGACGCUUCUACAUGGCCUAUACCAUGUCACGAGCACGUUAUGUAUCCAUUUGGGACGACGAUGUGUCCGCGGGGACUGGAUGGUUGGAACGAGUGGCUACCUUUUUGAAUGAACACCACGACAUGUACAUUGCCAGCAGUGGAGGAAGAAUGGUUCAAAGUUUGGUGGAUCCCAACAAGAGCAGUAGUGCUCCCAUUGUGAGCAAAAACAAAAAGGAUCGAUCAGGAGGUUCUUCUCAGGAAUCCAACACGUUUGGUAUGCUCGCCAAGCGCCAUGGCGAAGUCGACUUUUGCGUCCACAAUUACAAUCUGCGACGAGAAUUGUUACGAUAUUGGCUUGGAGCUCCAGUCCAAACGUAUUAUACUGGCGAAGAUAUGCAAUUGGCCUUUGUCUUGCAACAAUAUGGGGUCCACGCCUACAAGUUGGGAAGAAAAUUGCAGCGCAACGAACAUUAUGAUGAUUGGGCCGAUGGAGCCAAGGGACUGGGAGCCAACAACAGGAACAAGGCGUCCUACAAGAAGAAACGGAAUGAACCAAGACAAUGGUUGAUUUGUAAGCUUGUUGCCGAAGGUUUUCAAACCAUCGAUUGCCCUAAUUGCAACGCAACUGUAGCCAAACGGUGCAUGGACUAUUACGAGAACCUGGAUCAUCAUGUACUAUCGUCAUCCAACGAGAAGAAAGGAUGA